AUGCCUUCCCCCACCUUCUCCAAACGCCUCUUUGUCUUUGACUUUGACUGGACCUUGAUUGAGGCCGACUCUGAUCUUUGGGUUGCCGAGACCCUGGCCCCCGAUCUUGCCAAGCAGCAAGAAGACUUUGUCGGCAAGAUCCUCUGGACCGAGUUGCAGGACUUGCUCCUUCAACGCUUGUUCGAACGCGGGUUCACCCAACCAGACCUGGAAAAGACAUUGCACCGAAUUCCAUUUACACCAGAGGUCAUUGCUUCCCUUCGCUUGAUGAAGUCUCAGGGUGCUGAGCUUUGUAUCCUGUCGGACGCAAACACUUUUUAUAUCGAUUGUAUUCUCAAGGCACACGGUUUAGAAGGAGUGUUCACAAAGAUCCUUACAAAUCCCGCCCAUUUCGACUCCCAUGGCCGUCUCCACGUCGCCCGCUUCCACGGCCUCGACAAGGACCCCCACAACUGCCCCCUCCCCUGCCAACCCAACCUCUGCAAGGGCCAAGAACUCCAGAAACUGAUUGAUUCUCAAUCUUGGGACCAGGUCAUUUACAUGGGCGAUUCUACGAACGAUUUCUGCCCCUCGACGCGUCUGCAGGGUCGAGACAUUGUCCUCGCCCGCGCGGAUCUGUUGUUGGAGAAACAUAUCAAGCUGCAUUUGGAUAUGGUCAAGGCUCAGGUCAUCUACUGGCAGUCCCCUGCUGAUGUCCUGGCCAUUACCCAGAAUCUUUUCAAUGUCCCUUCCCUUCCAGCCAUUGCCACCACUGCCGCUGUCAACUCAAAACCCGUUCCUGUAGUCUCUUCGGCCCACAUGGAGGAGGUCCCUGUUUCUCUUUAG